UAUGGCCUCUUGCUUCAUAUUGUUUGCUCUCUCUCUCUCUCUCUUUAUCUAGUUUUUGUUGAAAAGCACAUAAUACGUCUUAAGAAAGGUGCUUCAUUAAUAAUGUGCCUAACUGUUAUUACUUCGACCUGACCUUCCGAUGGACAUCUUCAAUUAAUUGUAAUUAUGGAAUUCAAGGAUUAUUUCCGUCAUUGUGCACCACGUGGAUGCGUAACGAAGUUCUUUUGUAAAUACGUCACGAGGAUGCAAAUGAUUGAUUUCAUUUGCGUCCAUUUCGUCACGCAGAGUGAGUAAAUCUUUGUUGGAGUCUUUGUAUGAAACGUGUCAGACGUCGCCUCACACGACCGCUGAUUCCGCAACUGCAGCCAAUCAAAAAGCCGGCCACGCGCACGCGUGUGCCCGCGCGUGCUCGUCCCGGUGUGGAAGGAGGUCGCUAGUUAAGUGGACGGGUCGAGCUGUGUGGGUUUGCGGUCUGAUAUCAUGUAGUCACUUUCUUUUAAUUUUUUUUAAAACGACCUCCUUAAAAUAACAAUGUCGGCUGCCGGUGCGAAUAAGAGAAUUUCUUUGAAAUUGGUGCUAAUGGUUGCUUCUGCAGCCUUUGGAGGAACUCUUCAAUAUGGCUACAACCUCGCAAUAAUGAAUGCUCCUGCAACUUUUAUUCAGACCUUUGUCAAUGAGACAUUCUUGGAGCGGUGGGACAUCCAGUUGAAGGACUACCAGGUGACACUGAUCUGGUCAAUUAUCGUCUCCAUCUUCUCGUUGGGGGGCUUUGCGGGGUCCCUCAUAGCGGGACCAAUGACCAUACGCUACGGGAGGAAGAACUGCCUGUUGUUGAACAACGUUUUCCUAAUGACUGGAGCACUCUUAGCUGUGACAAGUAGAGCUGCCAAGUCUUUUGAGAUGAUCAUCAUCGCACGUGUCCUGGUGGGAAUAAAUGCCGGGAUCAGCAUGAAUGUGCAACCCAUGUAUUUUGGAGAAAGUGCACCAAAGGACUUACGAGGGGCCAUCUCCUUGUCUUCAGCUGUUUUCACAGCAUUUGGUGUUGUGUUAGGACAGGUGGUCGGACUCAGAGAGAUUCUGGGCAGCGAGUCGUGUUGGCAGUAUCUUCUUGCUAGUAAUGCCAUUCCUGGCCUGGUCCAGCUCCUGACCCUGCCGUGGUUCCCCGAGAGCCCCAGAUACCUGCUGAUCGACAGGGGGGACAAGGAGGCUUGUAUUGAUGCUCUGCGACGGCUGCGAGGCUGUGAGGUCCAGAGCAGUGAGCUGGACGAGAUGCUGCAGGAACAGGCUGAGACCAAAGGCAUGAGGGCCCGUCGACCCUGGGAGCUUUUCACUGAUCGCUCAGUGCGCUGGCAGCUCAUCUCCGUCAUGGUCAUCAGCAGUGCCAUGCAGCUCUGUGGUAAUGACUCGAUUUACUUCUAUGCAUCAUACAUUUUCAAAGAGGCAGGAGUAGCUGAUGAUAGAAUCCAAUACAUCACAAUUGGCACUGGUACAUGUGAAUUAUCAGCGUGUAUAUUGUGUAACCUGCUGGUGGAGCGCAAAGGUCGGCGGUUCAUGCUGAUGGGAGGCUACAUCCUCAUGACCGUCUGGGCGGUUGUCUUCACAAUUGCUCUGUUGUAUGAGCACUAUACACCCUGGAUGCCGUACAUAAGUAUGACCUGCAUCUUCACCUACAUUAUCAGCUUUGGUUUGGGACCAGCUGGGGUGACUGGUGUUUUGCCGACAGAGAUCUUCAAUCAGACUGCUCGGCCAGCAGCCUACAUGAUCGCCGGCUCAAUGAUGUGGCUCAACCUUUUCAUCAUUGGGAUGAUCUUUCCAUUUCUAGUGAGCGAGGUGAGAGAGUACUGCUUUGUGCCUUUCGGAGCAGUCUGCCUGCUGUCGGCGUUGUUUGUCGGCUUCUUUCUGCCAGAGACCAAGGGGAAGUCGUUGUCAGCCAUCACAAGUGAAUUCAACAAGCUCAACUUCAAAGGCCAGGAGGAAAAGUGUGUGUCGCCAGAUAAACCUCUGUAUCAGCUGGGUGAAGUCAGUCUUUCCACGGCCUUGUAGACAGACUCUUCCUGUCGAAAGACACAAGGAGACACUUUCACUAAAGGCCUCAACGUGACCAGAUCUGCUUGAGCGGGAAGACGUGGUGAACGGAGGUUUCACAUCACAGAAAGUGGCUUGACUCUAUUUUCACCCCUUUGAUUUUUUUUUUCUUCGAGAGAAUCGAGAGAAUUUUGUCAUGCACUUAUUGCACUUAUGUUUUGCUGCUUUUUGUCACUGAUAGACAUGAGACCAAAUUAACUAAAACUACUGUAUAAUGGCAGAAGAUCAGUGAUAUACUCCUUCUGAAAACACAUCAGCAGGUCCUUGCUUUUCCCACUCAUUUUGGGGUCAACGGUCAGAGGAAACGGAACAGCAGACCUUACAGUUCAAUGACUUACAGAGUACUGACGUCUUUGCUGAGAGGCAGGUGGUGAACCAAAUCAUAGAUCAUGGAAAGUAAUAUAAAUGAGCACCUUACCGAAUAUAAACCGCAUGCAUUAGUGGGAAACCCUCAAUCAUAAGAAAAGGUUUCAUGUUGAGUAUUUGUAUGUUUGGCAAUGCCUGAAAUCUAUAGUUUUUUAUUGCUGGAAUGAGUGCAAUUUUUUGUGUUGAAUACUGAUGUUUUUGUUUUAAUGAUCUAACUCUGGGCCAAUAAAUGCCUUGUAUGAAAACCCCC